AUGUCCAAGAACUUGAUAUCACUUAGUCUUUUGGAUAGCAAAGGUUUCAAGUAUCCAGGUGGAGAUGGAGUUCUGAGUGUCUACAGGGGUUCAUAUGUGAUUCUCAGAGGUUUCAUUCAUGGUACUUUGUAUUUACUAGAAGGUUCUACAGUUUCAAGUUCAGCAAAUGUUGCAUUUCCAGAGGUUCGCAAAGAAGAUAUUGACAAGUUGUGGCAUAUGAGGCUUGGACAUAUGGGCGAGCGUGGGAUGCAUAUUCUGUCGAAGCAGGAUCUUCUUUGUAGUCAUAAGACCAAGAGCCUUGAGUUCUGUGAGCACUGUGUGUUUGGGAGGCUGCACAGAAAGAAGUUUCCUAAGGUUGUUCAUAAAACAAAAGGCAUGCUGGAUUACAUCCAUUCAGAUUGUUGGGGUCCCUCCAAGGUGGAGUCGCUGAAGGAUCAUAGGUAUUUUGUGUAG